AUGUGUGACAGAACCGGCGUGAAGCCAGACCUAAGCUACACGGUCCCGCUAUUGAUCAAUGGCAAAGAGGUCACGACAAAGACCACAUUCUCGGUAACAUCACCUACGACUCAGAAGGAGGUAUGGCUAUCUUCAUCAGCUUCGCUGGAUGAGGUCAGCGCGGCCACAUCGGCUGCACAAGCUGCGCUUUCAGACUGGUCGAAGACCAAGCCUGCGACCAAGCGAGCCAUCUUCAUGAAGGCGGCAGACAUUGUUGAUGCACGUGCUGAAGAGCUGGCUGAAUACAUGAAGAUUGAGACCGGGGCGGCAUCACAAUUUGCUAAUGGCUUCAACGUGCCGAAAUGCGCUGAUAUGCUGCGCGAUGUUGCGGGAAAGACUGAGCACCGGUCAUGGGGCUCGAUUCCCUACAUGCGAACAAGAGGGAACCAGUGCAUUGAUCGUGAAGGAGCCCGAUUGGGGACCGUGCUGGCUAUUGCGCCAUGGAAUGCUCCUUAUGUACUUGGUAUGCGGUCAAUUCUGUACCCAUUGGCUGCCGGAUGCUGUGUUAUCUUCAAGGGAUCAGAAUUUUGCCCUCGGACAUGGUGGGCGAUUGGCAACGUGCUCACUGAGGCCGGUCUCCCUGCCGGCGUGUUGAGUGUACUCUUCCACCGUGCAGAAGACGCUGCUCAAGUCACUACAGCGCUCAUCGAGCAUCGUUGCAUUAAAAAGAUUAAGUUUUACAGUGUGGGUCGCAUCAUCGCAGGCCAAGCAGGCAAGAACCUCAAGCCUGUCCUGAUGGAACUUGGUGGCAAGGCGAGUGCAAUCGUACUAGAUGAUGCAGAGCUGAAGAAUGCUGCGACUCAAUGCGCACUCGGAGCCUUCCUGCACUCUGGUCAGAUCUGUAUGAGCUCAGAGCGAAUCCUGGUACACAAGGACAUCAAGUCGAAGUUCGUUGCAGCGUUCAAAGAGGCUGUCGAGAAUAUAUUUGGCGGCGACAAGCCUGCCCCUGUGCUUGUAGCGGCUGUAGGUGUCGAAAGGAACAAGCGACUGAUCUCCGAGGCAGUCAAAGCAGGUGCUCGGGUGGUCCAUGGAGACCACACGAAGCAGGAAGAGUUUGAUACGCAUAUGCGACCUGUAAUCGUUGACAGCGUGACAAAGGAGAUGGACCUCUUCUACACCGAAUCUUUUGGCCCUUCGGUCUCGAUUGUCGAAAUCUCGGACGAUCAGGAAGCGGUUGAAAUCGCGAACGAUACCGAUUACGGUCUUUCUGGUGCGGUCUUCACGGAGAAUCUGGCCCGAGGAUUGCGCAUUGCUAAGCAAAUCGAGAGCGGAGCCAUCCACAUCAAUUCUAUGACGGUCCACGACGAGUGGAGUUUGCCGCAUGGCGGCGCAAAGGCCAGUGGGUUUGGGAGAUUCAAUGGCAACUGGGGCAUCGAAGAGUUCUUGAGAAUGAAAACCAUCACGUACAGAGAUUAGAUCGCCAUUUGGCACGCGUUGGCACGACAUCAGGCAGCUGGGAGUAACGCGAAGUCUGUGGUGGGAAACAGAUGUCCUUGUCGGGGCUUUGUUCUUACCAACUUGUCCACCAAUAAUUGAACGUCCAUGCAGCGCGCUGAAAUAUGACCGCUAUGGCCCAAUCGAUCUCUUUCCUAGUCGC